AAAAUAGUUGUUUAACUUCCCCGCGGGGUGCCCCGCGGGGCUGUCAUGUGACGGCUAGGCAGGUCGGCAGUUGAGUCGGUGUUCGGCAAUUCCGAUCAUUUUUUUGUCGCGUCGCAUACUCUCUGUACGCUGUGUCUACCCAGAUGCACAUUCCAGCAUCAUCACCCCAUACAUACACACAUAUAUAACGUACAACAUAUCUUGAUGUAACGGAUAUGAUUAUAAAUGGAUGAUGCAACGCCAGACGCAGCGAUCGUCAUCAAUUCGUACCACAGUGGAUGAUUCUGGUCCACCAAGGACGAAGCGGCCGCGUGCUGCUCAAGCCUGCGACAGGUGCAGACUAAAGAAAUAUAAAUGCGAUGAAUCAUACCCUUGCUCGCACUGUAAGAAAAGCGGCAUCAAUUGCGUAUAUCAAGGGAAUUACCGACAGCGUGAAAAUGACCGCUCAGCCAGCUAUGUUUCCGAUCUAGAGAAGAAAGUAGACGAGCUUUCUGCAAAGCUCCGGGUGGCUGAAUCUGAAAUUGCUUCGCAGCGCUCUCCUCAGUCUCAGAGAGAAGCGACAGCCCCUGAAACCAGACAGGUGCCCCAUUCCAUAAUAGAUGCGACCCCGUGUUCUAUGCCUCGGCAUGGCUCGACUCCAAGAGAAGAGAUACCACUGUCCUACGACAACCAUGAUGAGGCUGGGGACUCCGUGGAGGAUGAAAUCAGCGAGCUUAAUCACCAUACCAAUGGUAUCGAGUUCCACGGUAGCACAUCGUCAACUGCAUUAAUAGGUCAUCUUCAAAAGAGACACGAGCCCAGACGAACUCAAGAGCGACAUAGUCUCAGUGGUGUGCCGGAGUAUUCUAUAGUCUCGACACUACAUAAUUCAAGCUUCUCGCCCUCAUACACGACUGGUCCAGCGCAACCCGCAGCACUUCAUGAACAUAACUACUACUUUGAACAGGCUCAUGCAUUUAUGAACGGAUAUUUCGAGAACAUCCACUUUAUCCAUCCUCUAAUUGACAAAGAGGACUUCUGCCUGCGAGCCCAUGAUCUGUGGUUCAACCGAACUAAACAACCAGAACCAAGUUUUGUCGCGUUGUAUCUGAGCAUUCUCUCAUUUGGUGCAUUGGUUCGUGUUUGGGAUGAGGAGCGACUGGGAGGGUUAACGCGUUUCGAGUGGAGCCGGAAGUUGUUCGGCGAAGCUCAAGUCUAUCUGAACCAUUUGCAGUUUUCGAAUAAUCUGGACACAGUCCAGUGCUUGUACCUCAUGGCUAAAAUUUGCCAAAACGAGCUCAACCCGAACUUGGCUUAUAUGUAUUUGGGCCUUGCUAUACGCACCUGUCUAGCUGCUGGUUUCAACAGGGAAGUGCGUAACUCCACAGAGCAACGGGCGGGCUGGAUCUCGAAGACUUGGUGGGGCCUAUUCUCUCUCGAAAUUGAGAUGAGCUUUUCUGUUGGUCGUCCCGACACUCUAGGAAUGGAUGAAUACCACAAUCGAGCUCUGCCAGAAAGAGACGAUUCCGAAUACGCAAUCAUACCAUGGAUGGUUGAUUUUGCACAAAUGAUUCGAAAGGUGUCUGUGCAAAUCUAUCAUUCACGCAUCACUUUGCAGGAUAAAUUGCAGGUUGCGCUGCAAAUCGAGGCUGAGUUGGAUAGAUGGAUGUUGAGACUCCCAGAGAGAAUUAAGCCGGAUGUCCUGAGACAACGAGCAUCUGGCGGUGCACUGCGAGACCCAAAGUGGGCUCGCCGGCAACGGUUAGUCUUGGGCAUUCGCUAUUAUAACGUCAAGAUGCUCCUGUUUCGUCCAUUCCUGAGUCACUUUACACGCAAAUUAAGACACCCACCGAUCGAGCUGGAACAGGCUAUCGGGAAGUGUCUCGAUGCUGCGAUGAAAACAAUUGAAGUCAUCUACGAUAUCUACCGAGUCCACACGUUCUUUCGGUGCUGGUGGUAUAACACAACAUACGUGAUGUUCGCCACAUCAACACUGCUACUCCCCAUGAUUAAGCUUGGCAUGUGCCCUGAAACUAUCCCAUGGCGACGAUCCGUGGAGAGGGCGCUGGAAAUCUUGGAAGCAAUGGAUGAAUCCAUCGUGGCACGAAAGUCCGUUGAUCUUAUCAAGCGCUAUCUCAGGGAAUUUAGCUUGUCGGACGCCCAAUCAAGUAUGGCAAACAUUGAGGGAAGUGUUCCAGCAUAUGCAGCGGAGACUCCUAGUCAGGGUACAUUUGACAUACCGGUAUGUGACUUUCAUUUCACUAUUCAAUGCUUUCGGAACCUAACGGCAACGUGACAGGAAUGGGCUCACGGCUUUGGAUUUCCGGAUUGUUCAUUUGAAGGAAUCGCGCGGCUCUUCGAUGAUAUAGGGGGACUGCCUAUGUUAGACAAUUGAUUGUAAAAUAAUGUUAUUCGUAGCUAAAUAUUUUG